UGUUCCCGCUCGGCUACUGCGCACCGUUCUCCCACCUUGCCUGCAUUCCUGCAUCUCUGCUCAACCUCGUUGCCUCUUUCUCCAGAUCUUCGUUGACCUUGUGCGUCUGUCUCCAAUCCUAUCGUCCACGGCACAUCAUCAGGCACUCAGACUAUGGCCUAGAGUACGUACCACUUGCAGCUCCUCGCACUGGGAGCCGUUCAGAGUUGAAACUUCCAAUGGCCUGUCCACAUCUUUGUGACUGGCACCUCCUCCCUUCGUGCUGAUCCCAACGCACCUUCCCCAUGUCUGCGUCUUGCGAAGAGAAAAAAAAUCAAUGCUAAUAUUCAAUGCUGAUAGUUGGCGGGCUAUCGACGAUUCUCUCCAUUGUCGACUUUUUCCUGCGCAGCUCAGGCGAUCGGUUCAGGACCCCCAGCAGAAUACAGAGAUAUCAAGCUCAACGAAACGUUGAUAGACUUGUUUCUGCCUUUGAGCCUGUCCCGAUACGGUUUAUGAUUCUCUCUCAAUAUCGACAGACACCUCUUAGCUGAGCAGCCUGUUUGAUUGAACAUAGACUCCUUCCGACCUCCCAACGCCCAGGUCUCACGAAAUCCCAAAGCAACAGAAGCAACAGCCUGUACAUUGUGUGCCUGUGUGCUCCAGCUUGUCUAGCCUCUCAAGUUCCGCAGGGUACAUAAGGUUCAAUUCUGCUAUACCUUGCCAGGUCCAGAACCAGCCGGACCUCUGAAGCAAGACUUAUUAAUUUUGCUCGGUGGAGAUCGUCGAAUUAUUGGGCAGUGGCUUGCAGCAGCUUGAAAAGGCGGAUCGACAAAGUGAAGAGCACGAUUGCAAGGCUUCUCAAGGCGGCAUUGUCCUUUCUUCCUGGCACCUUGCUAGUCCACCACCGGUUGCCAAUCUCGCUCAGCAACUUCGGAAUCGAACUAUCCUCACGUCAAGAUGAAUCAGACACAGUCUUACAUGGACAUGCACCCCGGGUCACACAUAUCGUCUGGUCCGUCAUAUUCGCAUUCCGCACCCGCUCCGAUAGGUCAUUAUCAGCAGUAUCAACAGCCACCUGUCAUUCCUCCGGCUUCGCAACAUUAUGGCCAACCUCAGACAUACGGCAGCUAUGCCUACACCAACGGCGUGACCUCUCCGCAGUCUACCAACGGGCCCGUUGGACAGCAGAUCCAACCACAAAACCUGUCCCUUCCUGCUAUGAUUACUCCAAGCCCACAGCACUAUUCUUUGCCCCAGACUCCUAAUAUACCCACUCCAAGUCAAGCUUACCCACAGCCCUCAACCUUUGAUACUACGGGACAGGUUGCUCCUCCAGGGUCGAAACCACGUGUCACGGCCACUCUGUGGGAAGAUGAGGGCAGUCUCUGUUUCCAGGUGGAGGCGAGGGGUGUUUGUGUAGCACGUCGCGAAGACAAUCAUUUCAUCAACGGUACCAAACUUCUCAACGUUGCUGGCAUGACUCGAGGCCGCCGUGAUGGUAUUCUCAAGGCAGAGAAGACACGCCAUGUGGUCAAGAUUGGCCCUAUGCAUUUGAAGGGUGUUUGGAUCCCAUUCGAACGUGCUCUCGACUUCGCCAAUAAGGAGAAGAUAACGGAUCAACUGUAUCCGCUCUUCGUUCACAACAUUGGUGGCUUACUGUAUAACCCAGAGAAUGCUCCACGAACCAAUGCUGUUGCUGCCUCAGCAGCUGAGAGACGCCGGUUGGAUAGUGUGGAUGCUGGUCGCCCGGCUCAAGCUGCGCAGACGCCUUCACUUCACCAUCAUCAUUCAAUGCAAGGCGGAGCGCAAGGGCCUCCCACGCCACAUUCCAUCGCUCCACAUCCUAAUGCUGGACGGCCUGGGAUCGAUCGUGCGCACACCUUUCCUACUCCCCCAACUAGCGCCUCCAGCGUCAUGGGUAUGAGUAACCAAGGAACCUCCUAUGACUGGGGCAAUCAGAAUAUUUCGAAUGGAGCGACCGGCCCGCAGCCUCUGUCCAUUGAUACUGGCAUCAAUGCUCGAUCCAUGCCAACUACUCCAGCAACUACACCACCAGGAAACGGAACUCAGGGAAUGCAACAGUAUCAAACUCAGGCUGGUUACGAUUCCAAGCAUUACUACAGUACUACGCCGAGUUCACAGACGGGUUUUGCUCAACACCCAGAUGGGAGUCGAUAUGGCCAUUCAAUGCCCCCGGCCGGCUAUGGCAAGUCCGAUAUGGGACCCCCAACCGCCCCAGGUAACGCAGGUGCGGCUGGUGAUGGGCAUGACCACAAACCUGAUGCGUAUUCACAUGUCACUGCUCAAGGCCACCCUGCUCAGCAUGAGAAUGAUCAUUCUGACAGUGGCUAUAUGAGCGCCACUGCUUCAGGAUACACCUCCAAUCGUAGUCAAUAUGGAUAUUCUACUGCGCCUGAACACUCUCAUUUGUCACCCGAGCUUUCUGGCUCUCCCCACCAGAACGGGUCCGGUCAUGCUACCCCUCGAACGCUACCUCCAGGCCAGCCUCAAUGGACCCCAGACUACCACACUCCACCUCGACCUGGCUCAAGCAAUCUGUAUAGCGUCAUGGGAUCUCGAACCCCAGUGGGCACUGGACCUGCGGAUGGCUACCCAGCAUAUCCCAACGCCGGACACCCGGCCACGCUAACUUCUGCAAAACGAGGAAGAGAAGAUGAUGACCAAGAUCGCCCAGGGAGCCGAGAUUACGAUGGCUAUGACUCGAAGCGACGAAAGCUGGGACGCCCAGAAGCGUUCGGGAUGCCUCUCAAUUCGACCGCCCACAUGCAAGCCAUCAAAACUGGAGGGCAGCGAUGAACUACUGCUGUUCGUCCCUUUUGAGCCGACUUUGUCUGUGCGCUAGGGAUCGGGAAGUGGGGACCACAUUUCCAUCGACAAUUAACGAUACCGCCACAUGACUUAUUCAAAAGCAAUUACGACAUUACGACGACUAUAGCUGAAAAGAGAUCAAGAACUGACGAACGGAACAAGCGUUGCAUUGUUUGCUCCCCGACUUAUAACGACUUUAUGACACGAUUGUUACCUGAAAGCGCUUGCACACGGUGAAAUGACGAUCUACUUGUCUGGCUCCGACUUUGUGGUCGGACUUUGGUUUAGAAGUUUCGAUUUUUCGUUUUGUGUACGACAGAUGAUAUACGCAGUGGAUGGACUAUGAUUUUAGGAUGAAAUGGAUUGGCGGACUUGGGCGACCAUGGCGAUGUUCUCUCGACCGUGAUGAUCCGAAAGCAAGAAUUGGACGAGUUCCAUGCUUUACAGCAAGGACCGACUAUUCCACAGAGGCUGCGACAAUCUUUCUCCGGACCCUAGGAGAUCCUCGGCUGGAAUGGUGCGUCGUCACAGGUGGCUUUUGCUUCCCUAAUCGUGGCUCCAUUGAUGACAUGUCAGAUAAACAAAAGCUCUAUUGAUAAUCGCACAAAUUCGCUCCGUGAUUCUCCC